GAGCGAGUGACCACGAAGAGCGGGUCCGUCAUAAAAUACGCAACAGGAAAGUCCAGAUUUCGAUGACAGCUGUCGAAAAAUAACCAAAAUUCAAGAAAAAUGAGAUACAAAGUAUAGUGCGCGGGUUUCGGUAGAGUGCAAUAUUCUCAGCAUUUUUUUUAAAGGAAAUCCGAUAUUUUAUUCGAAAUGACGUCCAAUGGCUUGCGAAAUGACGAAUACAGUGACAACUUUUCAGACGACGAAAGUUCACCUCUUACGGAAAACAUUUACGGAGGCAGCACAAGAACAACGCCCGAAACCAAUGGCUGGGACGUCUUCAGGGACCCUCCCAUCAAGGAGGAAUCGGGUUCGAUGGCGAACCAAAAAUGCCUCGAAAUUAGUGUCAAAAUAAUUAAAGUUAUAGCUUAUCUAGUUACCUUCGUUAUAGUAUUAGCAUCUGGGGUUAUAUCCAAAGGAACUCUAUUGUUUAUGACCUCGCAACUCAAACCUGACAAGGUCAUAUCUUAUUGCAAUAGGGAUUUAGGUAGAGAAAAACAAUUUUUAGUCAAGUUACCAACCGUGGAAAGAGUUGCGUGGAUGUGGUGUAUAUUUUUUGCAUUCUGCAUACCCCAAUUAGGAUCGCUCUUCAGAUCCACCAGGAUGUGUUACUUCAAGUCAUCCAAACGACCGUCUUUCGCGCAUUUCCUAAUGGUACUAAUCCCGGAAACUGCCCAUACCAUCGGCUUAGGUAUAUUGGUUUUCUACGUUCUGCCUGACAUCGAUGUUGUUAAAGGAGCCAUGCUUACUAACUGUUUAUGUUUCGUCCCAGGAAUUCUAGGUCUGUUAUCUAGGAACAAUAAAGAAUCCCAAAGGUUCAUCAAGGUCAUCAUGGAUCUGAUAGCAAUAUCGUGUCAGGCUACGGGAUUCGUUGUAUGGCCCUUGGUAGAGAAAAAACCCGAUUUGUUUCUCAUCCCAGUCACGAUAUUUCUGGUGUCGCUUGGGUGGUGGGAGAAUUACAUAUCAAAGUAUUCACCAAUACCUUUCAUAAAACGCCUCGGAAAGAUGAGAGAAUCUUUUGAUCAGACCCGCUAUUUUACAUACAUGUUCGUUUCAAUUUGGAAGAUUUUAUGUUUCUUUAUAACGAUACUCUUCCUUACACUCAUUAAAGAAGGCGAGAUAGCAUUUUUCUUCACGGAAUUCUCACAUGGAUUCAACUCUCAUCCAAUAUCGGUCUUAGAGAUCAAACCAGUGCUGGGUGGUACAGUGCUUCCAGACAUAUCGGAAAUCAUACCCACAGGAGACGACACUGUAGUGAUGUCAAACGACAUGGCCCCUAUCUACGUAUUACUCAUCAAUGUAUUCGCGUCUUACUUGGCCUAUAUUUUCGGAAAGUUCGCAUGCAAAAUCAUGAUCCAGGGAUUUUCGUACGCCUUCCCUGUUAAUCUCACCAUUCCCGUGUGCGUGUCUCUUUUAAUAGCCGCUUGCGGAUUAAGGAACGAGGAUCCGUGCUUCUUCCACGAGACCAUACCAGACUACCUAUUUUUCGAAAGUCCUCCAGUGACUUUCUUGAACGAUUUCAUCUCUCACCAACACGCUUGGAUAUGGCUACUGUGGCUGCUGUCUCAGACCUGGAUUACUCUUCACAUUUGGACGCCGAAGUGCGAACGUUUAGCGAGAACUGAGAAGCUAUACGUCACGCCCAUGUACGAAGGACUCCUGAUUGAUCAAAGUAUGGGAAUGAACAGGAGAAGAGACGACGAGGCUGACGUCAAAACCGAAGAUCUGGAUGAAAUACAAAAGGAAAAGGCUGACGAAUAUUACGAAACCAUUUCGAACCAUACUGAUGGUUCUUCUCCAAAGACGGUUAAGAGCUCCGAUCAGAUUACGAGGAUUUAUGCGUGCGCUACGAUGUGGCAUGAAACCAAAGAGGAGAUGAUGGAGUUCUUGAAGUCGAUUUUGAGAUUGGACGAGGAUCAGUCAGCCAGGAGAGUAGCACAGAAAUAUCUGAGAGUUGUGGAUCCGGAUUACUAUGAAUUCGAAACUCAUAUAUUCUUCGACGACGCGUUUGAAAUCGCCGACCAUAACGACGACGAUACGCAGGUAAACAGAUUCGUCAAGCUGCUAGUAGCCACCAUCGACGAAGCGGCUUCUGACGUGCAUCACACCCGUAUCCGCGUCCGACCUCCUAAGAAAAUACCCACUCCGUAUGGAGGAAGACUGAUUUGGCAACUACCAGGGAAAACUAAGAUGAUUGCCCAUUUGAAAGAUAAGAUGAAAAUCAGGCACAGGAAGCGGUGGUCGCAAGUGAUGUACAUGUACUACCUUUUGGGCCACAGACUAAUGGAAUUGCCCAUAUCAGUAGACAGAAAAGAGUGCAUCGCGGAAAAUACAUACCUUUUGACUUUAGAUGGGGAUAUCGACUUUCAACCUUCGGCUGUGCUCUUGCUUAUCGAUUUGAUGAAAAAGAAUAAAAAUUUAGGAGCCGCCUGUGGUCGUAUCCAUCCAGUGGGUUCGGGUCCGAUGGUCUGGUACCAACUUUUUGAAUACGCGAUCGGUCACUGGCUACAAAAGGCAACAGAACACGUCAUCGGCUGCGUACUUUGUAGUCCCGGGUGCUUCUCUCUUUUUAGAGGCAAGGCCCUUAUGGAUGACAAUGUAAUGAAGAAGUACACCACUUGUUCCGCUGAAGCUAGGCACUACGUACAGUACGAUCAGGGCGAAGACCGUUGGCUGUGCACAUUGCUCCUCCAGAGGGGUUAUCGUGUGGAAUAUUCGGCAGCGUCUGAUGCCUACACUCACGCACCGGAAGGAUUUAACGAGUUUUACAACCAGCGUCGUCGUUGGGUACCAUCGACUAUUGCUAAUAUCAUGGACCUUCUGAUGGACUCUAAAAGAACGAUACAAGUCAACGACAACAUCUCUAUGCCGUACAUCGGAUACCAAAUACUUCUCAUGGGUGGUACUAUUCUGGGACCCGGCACCAUAUUCCUUAUGUUAGUGGGUGCAUUCGUGGCGGCUUUCCAAAUCGACAACUGGACAAGUUUUUACUACAACAUCUAUCCGAUCUUGUUCUUCAUGUUGGUGUGCUUCACGUGCAAAUCGAAUAUACAACUAAUUGUAGCUCAAAUAUUAUCUACCGGUUACGCAUUAAUUAUGAUGGCUGUCAUAGUGGGUACAGCCUUGCAGUUACGCGAAGACGGCGUAGGGUCUCCUUCGGCGAUAUUCCUGAUCGCCAUGACUGGUUCGUUUUGGAUAGCAGCGUGCCUACAUCCUCAGGAGUUCUGGUGCAUAGUGCCCGGAUUGAUCUACCUCUUAUCCAUACCCUCUAUGUACCUAUUGUUGAUUUUGUAUUCGAUUAUAAAUUUGAACAACGUUUCAUGGGGUACCCGUGAAGUUGCCGUCAAAAAAACCAAGAAGGAACUAGAAGAAGAGAAAAAGCAAGCAGAGGAAGCGAAGAAGAAGGCCAAGCAAAAAUCGUUGUUAGGAUUCCUGCAAAGCGGGGGUACAAGCGAGGAUGACGAGGGUAGCAUCGAGAUUUCACUAGCUGGAUUGUUUAAGUGUAUGCUGUGUACUCAUCAGAAAGCUGGCGACGAAAAAGCGCAACUAAUACAGAUCGGAGAUUCAUUGGAUAUGCUGGGAAAACGUUUGGAUCACAUUGAGAAAUUCAUCGAUCCGGCGGGUCACGCGUCGAGAAAACGGAGCAUGUCGGCUUCUUCUAGACACGGCGGUGAUCACCACCACCUGGGGGCCGUCACCGAAGAGGCAACAGAAGACGCUACCUCGGAAUCAGAUUCGGAAAGCACAUCUUUGGUGCCGCAGAACAAGAGGGAUGACCUUGUUAAUCCGUAUUGGAUAGAGGACCCGGACGUAGGCAAAGGGGAGGUGGAGUUCUUGAGCAGUAACGAAAUGCAGUUCUGGAAGGAUCUGCUGGCGAAGUAUCUAUUUCCACUGGACGAAAAUAAAGAAGAGAAGGCACGUAUAGCGGCAGAUUUGAAGGAAUUACGCGACCAAUCAGUGUUCGCGUUCUUUAUGUUGAACGCGCUGUUUGUCCUUAUCGUAUUUUUGCUGACACUGAAAAAGGACUACCUUCACAUAAAAUGGCCGUUCGGUGUCAAGACGAACAUAACCUACGAAGAGAGCACACAAGAGGUAACUACACGGGCUUGCUGCGACAUAUUGACGCUAACUUCGCGCGCAUUUACAGCUGUCGUCAAGGUGUCAAGUGAGCCCCAGUUGAACGUAGUUUUAACGUAUGUUUCCAUUUUACAGGAAAGAAUAGCUCGAGAUCUAAUAGAGCUCCGCAAUAAGUCGGUAUUCGCUUUCUUCAUGUUCAAUGCUCUUUUCGUAUUAGUCGUCUUCUUGUUACAACUUAACAAGAAUCAAAUCCACGUUAAGUGGCCUCUGGGAGUGCGCACUAAUAUAACGUACAUUGAGGAAACCUCCGAGGUACAUAUCACCAAGGAAUAUCUUCAACUGGAACCAAUAGGAUUGGUAUUUGUAUUCUUCUUCGCUCUGAUUCUGGUCAUCCAAUUUGUGGCUAUGUUGUUCCAUAGAUUCGGCACCCUAGCACAUAUUUUAGCCUCUACGGAGCUCAACUUCUGCAGCAAAAAGAAAGAAGAUAUGUCCCCGAACGCACUUCUUGACAAACAAGCGGUCGAAAUAGUCAAACAGUUACAAAAACUGCAGGGCAUCGACGAUGGGGAUUACGACAAUGAUUCUGGUUCUGGACCGGAUAGGAUUGGACGCAGAAAAACAAUUCACAACAUUGAAAGAGCAGCACAAAAGAAACGACAGAUUGGAACUUUGGACGUCGCUUUCAAAAAACGUUUCGCUAAACUAAACGCCAAUCCUAAUGGGGGCACUCCAGUUCUCAGCAGGAGAAUGACGAUGAGACGAGAAACAAUGAAGGCUUUAGAAGUCAGGGUGAACUCGGUAAUGGCUGAAAGAAGAAAGUCGCAUAUGCAGACCCUAGGAGCUAAAAACGAAUUUACCAACAACAACGUGAUCAGGAAUCAAAGAAAUAGCGUCGCCAGCAGCAUACCUGCUAAAGAAGUGUUCGAGAACGGGCACGUUAACAAGGCGUUCGAAGAGGACACUUACGGCAGCCGGAAUUCACUACAGAUGCAGCAAAGAAAUACUAUGCAAUGGAAAGGAAGCAAUAGUAGGAUGUAGAAGCAAGGCUAGUGGGAAAAUAUUACUUAAAACAACACUGCCUAAAAUACCUAAAUACUCAAAUUUUAUACUCAUUUUGCUUACCUACUUUUUUUUGUAAAUACGUUUUAUUUAAAAUGCGCGUUCCGAAUAUUCUAGUUUGACUUUGCACUAUACAAAAAAUAAAAAUACAUUGAAGAUACCGGAUACUCCAAGUAUAAGUUAUUAAAGAACUUUAUUCAUUAAAUUUUCACUAAAUUUGAUACUUACUCUGUUCGAGGCAAAGCAAAUUUACUGUGAAGUACCACACGCGGUUUUUCAAUUACAUAAUUUUUACAAAUAUAGUUUUAUUUUUAUCUUUGCAAAUGUCUAAUUUUCUUGGGAACUGAAUUUUUUUAUGUAUUGACAACGAAGCCGCAUUUAAAAUGAUAUUUUGUUUAUAGUGACCAAUAAUAUGACAGGCAAUAUGUGUAGAUGUACGGAUAAAUACUGAAAUUCCUGUACUUAUAAUCAACAAGACUUACGUAAAUAUAAGCUCAAUUAUUAUAUUUUUUUACAAAGACAUUUUUCGUAUUUGAUAGCUAGUAUUUUUAUUUAAAAAUUUACAAUGUGAUAAAUAAUAAACGUAUUUUAGACUCUUAA